AUGACUGUCGCCUACGAGUACUCCUCCCGGGCUGCGGCCCAAGCGUCGACGGCGACGUUGGAGGAACGAUUCGAAGUGAUCAAGGAAGUUGGUGAUGGAAGUUUUGGAAGCGUGGCUCUGGCCCGUGUCCGGACCGCCGGAGCUCAUAUUGCCCGGAGGGGCACAAUGGUGGCGAUCAAGACGAUGAAGAAGACAUUCGACUCAUUGACCCCGUGUUUAGAAUUGCGAGAAGUCAUCUUCCUACGUACCAUCCCCUCACAUCCUCAUCUUGUCCCCGCCCUCGACAUCUUUCUCGACCCCCUUUCUCGCAAGCUACACAUCUGCAUGGAAUUCAUGGAUGGGAACUUGUACCAGCUCAUGAAAGCCCGGGACCACAAGUGUCUGGAGAAUAAGCAUGUCAAGAGCAUCCUCUUCCAGAUCCUCGGCGGUCUCGACCACAUCCAUGCCCACCACUUCUUCCACCGCGACAUCAAGCCCGAGAAUAUCCUGGUUUCUACCUCCGCCCCCAAUGACUCGGCCUUCAGCCGAUACUCCACCCUCGUCACCCCGCCAUCCACGCCCCCGACCUACACCGUCAAGAUUGCCGACUUUGGCCUCGCCCGCGAGACCCACUCGCGGCUGCCCUACACCACCUAUGUCUCAACCCGCUGGUAUCGGGCUCCCGAGGUUCUCCUGCGCGCCGGCGAGUACUCUGCCCCCGUCGACAUGUGGGCCGUGGGCGCCAUGGCCGUGGAGAUCGCCACCUUGAAGCCCCUGUUCCCCGGCGGCAACGAGGUCGACCAAGUCUGGCGCAUCUGCGAGAUCAUGGGCAGCCCGGGCAACUGGUACAGCAAGUCCGGCGCCAAGAUUGGCGGCGGCGAAUGGAGAGAAGGGUCUCGUCUGGCUCAGAAGCUCGGCUUCACCUUUCCCAAGAUGGCGCCGCACUCCAUGGAGAGCAUCUUGCAACCGCCGCAAUGGCCUACGGCAUUCAGCAACUUUGUGACCUGGUGUCUGAUGUGGGAUCCAAAGAAUCGCCCGACCUCCUCCCAGGCCCUCAAUCAUGAGUACUUUGCCGACGCCGUCGAUCCCCUGCGCCCCAAAUCAUCCACCGCCCGUCUGCUCGGUCGCAAACAGUCGGACAAGAGCUUCCGCUCCCCGUCGAGGGAGCUCAACGACUCGCCCACCACGCUGUCGGCCAAGCCAUCCUGGUUCCGGCGCUCACUCAUUGGGCGAUCCGAGAGCCCCGCCCCCGGUGUCGAGAUCGAGCAAGCAUCCCGGUCCCCUGUCGCGGUCUCCUACAACAAUCUCUCCGUUCCUGAGGCACAGUCCAAGUCUACAACAGCAGCUACUACCACCAAGUCAUCGACCACCAGUAAACGAGCCACAUGGGCAAACGGUGCGCCCAUGCCGAUUCUUCCCUCCAUCCGUCCCGUGUCUCCGCUGUCGAACGCGGUGACCGCCCAGGGAAAUUCCACCCUAAGCUACGGAAACGAGGUCUCUUCCAAUGCCAGUGAUUCUUCGAACAAGAAGAUCGGCCGUCAGCUGUCGGUCAACUCACACGGCAACCACUACGCCGAGAUGCAUCGCCAGGAGACGGAGCGAGCCCUCAACGGGCUGUGCAACAAUAACAAUACGAAUGCCGCCGUGGCGGCCAAGGAGAGCUUCUUUUCCCACCUGCGGAAACGAGCCCGUCGGCUGUCAGGCCGGAACCAAUUGAACGCCGCCAUGACGGACGACGUGGAGGCCAACGCCGGCUGUAUGCCGUGGUCCAACCGGUCGUCGCUGGCGUUGGACUCGGCGAACAUUCUCGAGGCUGCCAAACAACAGGGCUCGGACAUGUCCGAGCUGGACAAGGCACUGCAGAACGUCAAGUACACUCUCGACGCCUCGGCGCUGGGCAACGUGCCCGUGCAGCUCACAUCGAAUGGCGAGGUCAUGGUCAGCAAACGCCAGUCAAUGCCGCAAGGGUCGAUCCGAUCCCUGAACGAAAGCCCCGCCUCCUCAUCCACCGGCGGCAGUGGUUCCAUGCCCUCCAGCCGCACCCGGCGCACACACCAGAUCACCUCCAACCCCAUCCACCGGUACGAGACGCCCGAGGAGGAAGACGAGCUGCUGGACGAGGUGCUGAACUCGGCCAACCGGGCGGCCCGGCACCUGGCACACAUCGAGACCGGGCGGGCACUCCCAAACCCGUACCCAACUCCCUCCCCGUCGGCCAAGUUCGAUGGCGACUAUUUUGGCCAGUCCGACGCCACGCCCUGCCGUCGCGUCGAGGCCAAGUCCGACAACGCCGCCUCCAACCGUCAAUGGCCCACGCCUCCGUACGAGGAGGGCGAGUGGUCCAAGAUGAGCUCUACAACGUCGGCGGUCUUUGCCGGGACCACUUUUCGGUAG